CACAGGCGGAAGUCGAUGGAAUGCUGUGGCUCCAGCUUGGAUACAUUUGUAGCGGAGGAGGAGAAGCCCCAGGACAGAAGGAGAUCCCAGUGGAUACAGAGGGAACCAGCAGUCGCAACUCACUCUGACUUCCCUCCAGUGCAGGGCUGUUUUUAACCAAGAAGCACUGAGCACCCCAGCUUUGAGUGCUGAUUUCACACUUGAGUCGCUGCUCCCAGCAUUAUUCCUGGUGUUCCGGUUUGGAAACCACCUCAAGGAAAACAAUGAGCCAAGAGGGUUUAAACUCCGCUGCAGUCCCACUCUGUGCAGAGGAUGUCCAGGGAGACGGUCGCUGGAAGUCACUGCACAACCGAUUUGUCCUGGACUGCAAGGAUAAAGAGCCUGAUGUCCUUUUUGUAGGUGAUUCCAUGGUGCAACUUCUGCAGCAAUAUGAGAUCUGGAGGGACCUGUUCUCGCCACUGCAUGCACUUAACUUUGGGAUUGGAGGAGAUACCACACGACAUGUCUUAUGGAGGCUUGAGAAUGGAGAACUAGAAAACAUCAAACCCAAGGUAAUUGUCCUCUGGGUGGGGACCAACAACCAUGAACACACAGCUGAGGAAGUAGUUGGUGGGAUCGAGGCUAUUGUGCACCUCAUUAACAUAAGGCAAUCUCAGGCCAAAGUGGUGGUUUUGGGUCUCCUGCCACGUGGUGAGAAGCCCAAUCCUUUGCGAGAGAAGAAUGCGGAGGUGAACGUGCUGUUGAAGAGAUCUGUCUUGAAGUUCCCGAAUAUGCAGUUCCUGAAUGUUGAUGCAGAGUUUGUGCAUUCCGAUGGGACCAUCUCCCAUCAUGACAUGUUUGAUUACUUGCACCUCACCCAAAUCGGCUAUGCCAAAGUCUGCAAACCUGUCUAUGAACUGCUAGUUCAGCUCCUGGAGGAGACACCUGAGGAGAAACAAGCCACCCUGGCGUGAUUGCAUCCAAACCCUUCAUAUUGUCAUUGCCAUCUCUUUUAAACUGGGAUCCGACCAGAGCUACAUAUAGAAUCCUGCAACACUCCUGCCUGGAACAUUUGAGUCAAGGCACCCUGAUUUGUUUCAAUAUUUUGAAGUGCAGGGUUCCCUUGUGAAGUGGACACUGUUUGUUCUAUAUCAAAGCAUUAGGCUACAUUUGAAAUAGACAGUGCAGUUUAUAUAUGCAUUGUUCUGUUACUGUCAUUUGGCAUAAUGAGGUCAUUCAUGUUGAAUAUAGUUGUGCGUCUGCAAUAAUUAGCCAUUGGACACCAUCUACUAUAGAUAAAGACACCUGUCUUCCAUUGAUUUUAUCGCUGACUUGGUGUAAUGCGAACCCCUAUUUACAUCCAAAUCUCUUUUAAGCAUAGAUAUAGUGGCCACAGAAGAUAGCCUGUUGGUAGUUGUAUGGUACAGAUAUUCUUUUUACAAAAAUUGACUCGUUCAGAUUUUUCCAACACUGCGUGUUAGUCUCCAGUACUUUGUAAAUACUGCGGUAAGGAGCUGUGGAGACCUCUAGUGGUAGUAGGAGUAUUGUCUUUUCAUUUUGGGUUAACCACUGCUGAGUACAGCUGACAUGUUUGCUUCCAUUCUAAGACAUUGGAUGUCUUUAUGUUCCUGACUUCAAAUUCUUAAUGUAAUUAGUCAUAUUUGAAAUGGAAAGGCUUUCUGUUUCUAUGGUUGCCAAUCACCAUGUUGUGAGUGAGAAUCCUGUUCUGCUACUACUUUCUUUAAUUAGAGUCUGUCAUGCAGCACAGGGAGAGGAACAACAAAGGAGUCCUUAUACAGUUUUAAUUCUUGUCGGUCUCUUUCCACACUCUUCUACUUUUGUUUUGUUUCAGUGAACUCUAGAGGAAUUGGCUUUGUGUGUGAAUGGGUUUGGUACAUGUCUUGAUGCCUUUGUAACAUGAAUGCACCUUCACAACAUUAUUUGCCACAGAAGCAGAUCAUGGGUGUAGCACUGCAUUUAGGGUAAGAAAUCCCCUCCCCACCAACAUCACUGAGAGCAGGUUUUCCACAGAGUAAAGAUGUCUGUUAACAUCCACCUGUUCUUUAGAGACGUACAUCUGUUGUUGCAGGAAGUCAUGCAGUCAGUAAUUUGACAAUUUAAUAAUACACCACAUAAGUUAGGAGUAUUCCCAGCACCUAAAAGGGAGAGUGUUUUGGAUAGCACAGCAAAAAGGUCGGAUGUUUACUAUCCCUCUCAGCAGAGGUGAUAGUGUUGCUUCCUGCUGAACCCGAUCUAUGGGCCGCGAUACCUGCUGCUGAGUAGGCCCUGCCUUGCUAUCUUUGAGGUUGGUUGUGAAACUGGUGCCACGAGGAAACAGGCAAGGUUCAUUAAUGUGUUACUGGGUGUAAAGUACAAUAUUUAUGUGGCUUUCCCUGCUGAGGAAAUCUUGGAAAUGACUUGGUGAAGGAAAUUUCUGUGUGAGGACACUGCAUAUAUUCAGUUUUAAUAAAUAUAUAAACCCUGCUUCUAGAGCUAGCUUACCUAUCAGGAUCAGUUUAUCUUUAAUUAGUAUCAGUUUUUCAGAUUUUUAUUUGUUUUGUACCUUAAUUCUGUUUAACUUCAUUGCUCCCAGUGGGGAAUAUGUAACAAAACCAGAGGAUGUGGGUGUCUUGGUUCCAGAAUAUAAUUUGCAAUACACUUUUACUUGGGCUUUGACCAAUAUUAAUAGCAUUAUAUGAUGGGAAAGGGAGAGAGAGGAGGCCAUGUGCAGGUUGGCAGUGCAAUAGAGACGUGUAGGAGAGGGUUUUACUUUGUAGGAACUUUUUAUCAUGUAAUUGAUCUGCACUUUCUCAUUUGACCUCCUUUCUUGUUCUUUCAAUUGUCUCAUGAAUGAACUUUGGAUCACACAUAUGGUGGCAGCCACGUCAUCUGACUCCCAGGUAACUGAAGAGUAAUAUUUGAAACCAGCAGAGUCUGAAGUGACUCUUCAUUGUGACGUAUCUUUAUUAAUCUAUUGGCUGUUAGUUUGUGAACAGCUUCAAACACUAUUUCAGAACCAAUGAAUGACUUUGGUCUCAGUGAUUUAGAACAGCCAUAUUUACAUCAUUGCUUACCCUUGAUGUUGGGCAGAAUGUGACCAAGCAACUCCCAAAUUUAAUGUGAUCAAGGCACUAGGGAUCACCUGAAAGCAACUCCAAAUAUUAGAGACCAGUUGGAAUGGGUGGGGUAGUUGUGAAACUAUUAACCAAAGUACCAGCGGUAUCUUGGGUAAAUACUAUCAGAUUAGUGACCUUUAUUGCCAACUGACAUUGCAGGAAAAACAUGUUCCACACCUGUCAGUUUUGUUUUUAAUGAAAUUUUAAGAAAGUUUGUGAAUUCUCCUUUUAAGUCCUGAUUUGGAUAUUGUCCUUACAACAAAAGCAACUGCUAUUGAUAGAGGAGCCCUGAUCCUAAUAUGCCGCAUGGAGUGAAUUGCAGGAUUCUAUAUGCUGCUGCAUUGAUGCAACUUAACAGAGAUCUAGCUAUAUUGUUCCAUUUUGAAAUGUACACAUCGUGAAGUAUUAUCCCUGGCUGUUUACUCCAUUAAUACUGCACAAGUAAAUACCUGUCUGCAUUCUGAAAUGCCUGCAGUAAUGAUAUACUGAAAUGAUCUGUUAACCUGGCCACCUGGAUCUGAACACACUGCACAAUGCCCUCUUUAGCUUAAUUCUUGUAAAUCUCUGACAUUUCCAAACCCCACUUUUCAGUUCGUAAGUUGACUUAUUUUGUAUAAUCCUCCAUGUUACAGUUGUGAAGGUGGUGCAACUAGUACACGCGUGCCAUCUCCUGCUAGUAGGUAACCGCUGUGCAGUUUUGCAUACCUAGAUAUUUACAGGCUGACCGAAGUAGAGUGUGUGGGACUGAACCCGACAAAGCAGUAGUUACUGAUUACAGUGUAAACUGGGUUGUGUCCCUGAGAAUAGUCAAAAGGAGAGUUCUGCUGGAAAACCUUGUGUAAGACAGUUUGCCCAACAUGGUUUGGAAGGGAUCAGGAAUUGUACAUAAUAGGGUUGGAUAAGCACCUCACAUUCAGUUUUUAUGUUUGUAAAUGUAUGUAAUUAAAAUUACUCCAAUUCCAGAAGAGAAGUGAAAUUAAUGCUGUACUUAAACAUCAGUCAACAAUUCCUCUUAGUAAACAACACUGUAGCUAGGAAUAUGCCCUGUGAAUUCCUUUGGGCUGGUAUUAUGCACUUUGCUUCAGUGGCCUGAACAACUAGGACUUUAAUAUUCUAAUCAUUGUGAGCUUUUUUUCUUUCUUUCUUUCUUGAUGUUUAAAAAUCUCUGCUCUGUAACUUGAAUGCUAUCUUGCAUUAGUCAAGGACAGAUUAGGCAUCAGAAGUAGCAUGGUCUGGAGUAAUGCUUACCCAAAACUAAGGUGCAAAUUAUGUAGCCAUUUGCUUGACCUAAAUAAACAAACUGCAAGUUGUCAAACUGUCCAGCUGGGAGGCAUGAAGGAAGAAGAGAAGGUAAUAUCAAUGAAAGGAGUUAUAUUCCUGUUUGGGUUUAUAAUUCUGUGUGAAGUCCCAGGCUUUCUGGCAUAUUGCCUUCUGACGGACUGGUAGAUGCACUGAAUCAUGUCCUGUGAGCAUAAGCCCAGCAUUGAUAGGACAGGAUCAUAUCUAAUGCAACGGCUGCUUCCAUUUCUUUUCUCAAAUCCAUAAAUGCUUUCAUGCAAAGUUGAUUGGUUUGUUUCCCAUCACCUGUGUUACUGUUCACUGUUAUCCAACGUGCCUCCAACUUAAUGCACAUCUUCUGCAUCGAACGUCCCUGAAAAACCUUUAAAAUAUGUAUGUCAUUUAUGUUUUGCCAGCCAUGUUAAUGUUAAACUAGUUGUGGGAAAAUGCUAAGAAUUUACAGAAGCAGCUGAAGAUGUUUUGUUCCCAUGUUCAAUUCUGCAGUCAGAUUUAUGAGAGGUGACUGAUACAACUGCCUGUCCUCGAUUUAACACAGCAGAACAGGACACAAAGUACAGUGUGUGGAGUACUUGUCCUGAUCGAAUUAAGAGGAUGUGAAGUAACACCCUAAGCUCAAUGCAUGGAUGGCUCUAUGAUUUUCUAUUUAGCAAAAGAACCACUUAGCCAUAUUUACACUCUGCUCAUUUCGUUAAGCAGGUCUCUGAUCCAAAAGAUGUACUCCUAUUUUCCCACCCCUCCAUAUUAAAGUUUUUUCAUACUGUUUUUACAAAGAUAUGUUGAAGAAGAAUUUCUGGAACCAUGAUGUGUUGACUGUAGGCACACUACAUUAUGCUGAAAAAAAAAUUCACCAAAAGGCUUUUUUGAAAAUAUUUCCUGCAUUCUCAUAUUUUACUAUUCAGAUAUUGGCAUGUAUGAUCUCUGUGCAAGGUUAUGCUUCCAGAAACACAUUGUAUAGUAAUGCUUGAUAAAACUCUGUGCAGUAGCCAAAUACAUGUGUGUUACAUGUAAGAUUGAAGAAGGCAUACAGUACUGCUUACUUGUUUGGAUGACUUGCUGAAUGGUAGUAUAUAUGCUAUUUAAAAAAAAAAGAAUGUGUAGCUGUUAUCAGACACCUGACAGCAGUGGUGUGUUAUGCUUAAAUGUACUGGUAAUUUAUGCUUUAAUGUACUGUAUUAAAAUUAAGAAAUGUUAAAACUG